AGAGCCCUCUACAGGGACGUCAUGCAGGAGAACUACGAGAUGGUGAUCUCUCUGGGAUUUCCCAUUCCCAGACCUGAGCUGAUCACCCGGCUGGAACGAGGGGAAGAGCCCUGGGUGCUGGAUCUCUGGGCCUGUGAGGAAAGAAAGGUUCCAAAAUGUACCAGCACAGGUGCUGAGCGAGGGAGUGAGUACAAGGAGGGGUAUCAUCAUCAGAAAGUUCCUGGGGAAGUGGAACCACAAGGGACAUUUGUGGGAAGAGAUGCAGUUAAUUUUCCCCAGUGCUUGGAACAGGGAGAAGCCUGAGGAAAUUGGCACAGGUCAGAGAGUCUGCUGGGCAACCACCCAGGGAAGAAAGUGGAUGACUCUAUUAUCUGUGGGGAGGAGACAAAGAUCCCAGAGCCCAGCAGAAAAAUCCCAAGGAAGGGACACCCAGGCACUGCCUCCAAUUUGGGAAAGGAUUAAUUCUAAGAUCACAGCUUGUGACACUUCAGACAAUCCAUACUGGAGCCAAAUCCCUUCAAUGCUUGUACAGUGGGGAAAGCUUCAAUAAGUGUUCAGAUCUUAAUAAACAUGUGAGAAGCCACACUGGAGAGAAACCCUAUCAAUGCCUUGAGUGUGGGAAAUGUUUCAGUUUUAAGUCAGUACAAAUUUCACAUCAGAGAAGUCACACAGGUGAGAGACCCCACAAGUGCUUGUACUGUGGGAAAAGUUUACCAUGGAGAUCAGUGGUUGUUAAACAUCAGGCAAUCCACAGAGGAGAGAGACCUCAAAAGUACUUGGACUCUGGCAAAAGUUUCACAUGGCGAUCAUCCCUGGCUAAAUAUCAGAGAAACCCCACAAAUGCUUGAACUGUGGGAAAAGUUUCAGCCAAUGAUCACAUCUCAUUAAACAUGGGAGAAUCCACACAGGCUCUAAACUUCUGUGACACGGGGCCAGAAAGGGUUAAGCAAGUUGCAGGUUAAUUGACUCAAUUUCAACCUUUAGAGCAAGACCUAGGUGAAGCGGAUAAAGGCAAAAUUUCUGUGAGGGGUGAAUUGUUGCUUAAAGACGUUCCUUGGGAAAGGAAUCCUCAUGGUAAUUGGUGCAAGCAGUUUCCUGUAGCCGAAGGGUGUGAAAGUGAUUUAGUCAAGAAAGUUUCACUUCCCAACAGCCAGAAAUUUUCUGUUGUAAAUGGAUUCACUGACUUUCCUUUUGAAAGAUUCAGUGUGGAUGGCUUAGAGAAGGUCUCGGAUGGAGUAAAAGCUGUUAAGGAAUUUAAACAGCCCUAUAACCAAGUGGCUCUGUUUGGCCAGCUUUUUGGAAAGACAAUGGUGUUGGAACAGGAACGUCUCCAUGCUGAUUCCAUAAGUAAACAGUCUGUGUCUCAGGGUGUGUCUACACUACGAAAUUAGGUCGAUUUAAUAGAAGUCAAUUUUUUAGAAAUCGAUUUGAUACAGUCGAUUGUGUGUGUCCCCACU